AUGGAAGAAAUGUCUGUGUGGAAUCAUUCAAGAGUCACUGAGUUUAUUCUUCUGGGAAUCACACAACGAAAGGAGCUAAAACUGCCCCUCUUCUUUUUGUUUCUUCUUAUCUACAUUGUCACCCUGGUGGGGAAUGUAGGGAUGAUUGUGUUAAUCAGAAGGGACUCUCGACUCCAUACCCCCAUGUACUUCUUUCUUAGUAAUUUGGCGUUUAUAGAUGUUAACUAUUCUUCAGCCAUUACACCCAACAUGUUGGUGGAUCUCUUAGCAGAGAGGAAAAGCAUUGGGGUUGUUGGAUGUGCCACUCAAAUGUUUAUGUUUGUUAUAUGUGGGAGUUCUGAAUGUCUCCUAUUGGCUGUGAUGGCGUAUGACCGGUACAUGGCUAUCUGCAAUCCUCUGCAUUACUCCAUCACAAUGUCCAGGGAAAGGUGUAUCUGGCUGGUGGGGGGUUCAUAUUUCCUUGGCAUUUUUUAUGCAGUUUUAUAUACAGUGCUUACCUUCACUUUAUCCUUUUGUGGGUCAAACAUGAUCAAUCAUUAUUACUGUGAUAUUCCCCCGUUGUUACAGCUUUCUUGUUCUGAUACCCACACCAACGAGACAGUGAUAUUUGUGCAGGUUAGUAUAAACUGUGUGGGCACUACAGCGAUCAUCUUAAUCUCCUAUGUCUGUAUCUUGGCCACCAUUUUGAAGAUCCGCUCUACUGAGAGCAGGCGCAAGGCCUUUUCCACUUGCACUUCCCAUCUGUCAAUUGUUAGCUUAUUCUAUGGGACAAUUUUUUUCAUGUAUUUGCGGCCCAGUUCCUCAUAUGCACUGGAAGAAGACAAAGUGGCCUCACUGUUCUAUACUGUGGUGAUCCCCAUGUUGAAUCCCCUCAUCUACAGCCUGAGAAACAAGGAGGUUAAGGAUGCAUUUUGGAAAAUGCUUGAGAAAACAUCAUCCUAA